AUGCCCAAACGACCGCCGCCUUCACUCCCAAAGCCAGCUCCCCCGCGCAACACGGCCUUCGACCCCUGGAACUCCUCCUCCACCGGCCACCAGCGUCCAGAGCAACAACUCGGCACAGGAUGGCGCGACUCACGCAACAGGAAACUAAACAGCCAGUUCCAAUCCGGACCUACAGGCGGACACCGUAUGAGUGACACAUGGGGACCCAACGCAGACCACAACUUCAAAAAUACAAGCACAAACUCAGUGGUGGACAUGCUCAAGAAGCCAGGGCUGAUGAAGGAAUCCCUUGAUAGAGCUCAAGAUGGACAACAGGACACGGGAAGCGCAGAUUCAGAAAGGGGCAUAUUCGCCGGCUGUGUAAUCUACGUCAACGGGAGCACGUACCCCCUCGUUUCGGACCACAAGCUGAAGCAGCUGCUCAGUGAGAACGGCGCCCAGACGAGUUUACACCUGGGGAGACGGAGGGUCACGCACGUUAUACUGGGGAGACCGGCUGGCGGGGCGGUUAAAGGUGCGGGAGGGGGUUUGGCAGGAGGCAAGAUGGAGAGGGAGAUUCGAAGGAUAGGGGGCUGCGGUGUGCGGUUUGUGGGUGUUGAAUGGGUGCUGGAGAGUCUAAAGGCGGGUAUACGACUACCAGAAGCAAGGUUUUCAAACGUCAAAGUUGCGGCCAAGGGGCAGGGAAGUGUGUACGCAUUGUGCGGUGGUGCGUCUUGA